AUGGCUCUGAGACUCCCGGGAGGCAUCGCGACUCCAGAACAAUUCUGGGAUUUCCUCAUCAACAAGAAGGAUGCCCGUGGACCAGUUCCAGAGUCACGGUUCAACGUUUUCAGCUACUACUCUGAGUCUGGCAAGCCGGGUCAUAUGAAGACCCAGUAUGGGUACUUCCUAGACGAAUCUGUUGAUCUGGCUGCACUAGAUACAACGUUCUUCCGGAUGCCUAAGACAGAGGUCGAGCGAGCCGAUCCUCAGCAACGGCUUCUUCUUGAACUCACGCGAGAGUGCUUGGAGAGCGCUGGUGAGACGGACUAUCGAGGCAAGACGGUCGGCACCUUCGUCGGCUGCUUCGGCGAGGACUGGCUCGAGACCCUCACCAAAGACACCGAGGUUGUCGGCCAGUACAAGAUCACUGGCUAUGGUGACUUCAUGCUCUCGAACCGUCUUAGCUAUGAGUACGAUCUUAAGGGACCCAGCAUGACAAUCAGGACUGGUUGUUCUUCGGCUCUCAUUGGCCUACACGAAGCAUGCAUGUCUAUCAAUAAUGGUCAGUGCAACGCUGCUAUUGUUGCCGGAUCGAACCUCAUCAUGGCUCCGGGUCUCUUCGUGAGCAUGUCUGAGCAAGGAGUACUUUCUCCGAAUGGAUCUUGUCGGACCUUCGAUGCUGGAGCUGACGGGUACGCCCGUGGCGAGGCCGUUAACGUCGUAUAUGUGAAACGACUCAGCGAUGCUAUUCGUGACGGAAACCCGAUCCGCGCUGUGAUCCGAGGAACCUCAAGCAACGCCGAUGGAAAGACGCCCAGUCUGACUAUCCCGAGCUUUGAGAGCCAUGAGGCUAUGAUCAGACGAGCGUAUGCUAUGGCGACUAUUGACGAUUCCGACAUCCCUAACACCGGCUUCGUGGAAUGCCACGGCACAGGCACAGCUGCAGGUGAUCCAAUUGAGACAACAGCAAUUUCGAAGGUUUUUGGUACUUCCGGGAUCUACAUCGGAUCUUGCAAACCAAACAUUGGUCACUCCGAGGGAGCAUCCGGGAUCACCUCGUUGAUCAAAUCCAUCAUGGCCCUCGAGAAGCGGACUAUCCCGCCAAACAUCAAGUUCGAUACUCCAAACCCCAAGAUUCCAUUCGACAGGAAUGGCCUCAAAGUACCUGUUGUUCCUACGCCUUGGCCCGAGGACCGUAUUGAGCGGGUCUCUGUUAACUCUUUCGGAAUUGGUGGCGCAAACGCCCAUGUGGUUAUUGAAUCUGCCGCGAGUUUCCUCGGACUGACGUCAUUGCCGCCCAACAUCGAGACGACAACUAUACCGAGACGACAAGCACACUUGAUGGUGUUUUCAGCCAAUACCGCAGAUUCUCUCAGACGCCAAGUCGUCAACAACCAGAAGUACAUCAGCCAACACGAUGACUCAUUUGAUGAUAUUGCGUACACCUUAUCGUCGAGGCGCAUUCAUCUAUCUCAUCGAGCAUUUUCUGUAUUGGAGAAUGGAGCUGAGAAAUUCACAUCACCAUUUUCCAAGACGUCUCCGUCCUCAACCGAUCUUGUGCUCGUGUUUACUGGACAAGGUGCACAAUGGCCUCGUAUGGGUGCCGAACUCUUGCAGAGCAACAAAACUUUCACCCAGUCCAUGCGACAGAUGGACAAGGUCUUGAGCGCUCUACCUGAUAGUCCGUCCUGGACCCUGGUCGAUGAGCUCCUGAAGCCUGCAGAAAUCAGCAACUUGCACAAGGCCUAUCUCUCCCAGCCUGUCUGCACUGCCGUCCAAGUCGCACUGGUGGACGCACUGUAUGAGGCAGCCGGAAUCCAAGCUUUUGCAGUGGUCGGCCAUUCAUCAGGAGAAAUGGCGGCAGCUUACGCCGCUGGAAGACUCACUGCUAACGAGGCGAUCAUUGCAGCGUACUACCGGGGUAUUGCGUCUUCGGAAGUUACCAAAGUCGGCGCGAUGGCUGCUGUCGGGAUGGGUCGAGCCAAGACGGCCCCUUUCCUGAUCCCUGGUGUUGUCAUCGCGUGCGAGAACUCUCCCUCAAGCGUGACGAUCUCUGGAGACGCAGAACGGGUUGAAAACGUUCUUUCCGAGAUUCGAGCCGCCCACCCCGAGGUUCUGGCACGACUUUUGAAGGUCGAGAAGGCGUAUCACUCUCAUCACAUGCAAGAAGUAGGCGAGCGAUACCUGUCGUUAACCUCUUCCUACAUGAGUAAUCACAUCAAAGCGGAAGACUCUGAGCCACUGUUUUUCUCCUCGGUCACCGGCAUGCGAUUGCCAGAGGACGAAGCGACUGACGCCAAUUACUGGCGAUCGAACCUUGAGUCUCCUGUCUUGUUUGAUGCAGCUGUGACGAGCUUAGUCUCGGAGCAUCAGAGCAAAAGCAGUGGUAAGCUCAUGUUCCUUGAGAUUGGUCCUCAUUCAGCCAUGGCCGGCCCCUUGCGACAAAUUUUGACCAAAGUAUCUCUCGAGCUUUCGUAUGCAACCUGUCUUGUCCGGUCAAUGGACUCCACAGAAAGCCUUUUGACAGCUCUGGGCCAGCUGUGGCAGCAAGGCGUGAGCGUUGACUUCAAUCGGCUCACGAAUCCGAACGGCAAUGCCCGUGUAGUCACUGACUUGCCGACCUAUCCUUGGCAACACGACCAUUCUCUGCUGUUCUCAAGCCGCAUCUCCGAUGAAUGGAGAUUCCGGAAGUACCCCAAGCACGAAUUACUUGGUGUCCGGGUUCCUGAAAGCAGCCAUAGUGAGCCGGUUUUCCGUAAUGUUUUCACUCUGGAUUAUGUUCCAUGGGUGCGAGACCACAACAUCAAGGGGGACGUCAUCUUCCCAUGUGCCGGCUACGUCGGCAUGGCUGGAGAAGCGGCAAGACAGCUUCAUCACGGAACUUUCGCUGGAUUUGCGAUGCGCAACGUUGUCAUUGACAUGGCAAUGGUGCUUGCCGACAGUAAAUCCACGGAAAUCAUCACAAGUUUGAAGAAGGAGAGGUUGACGGAUAGUCUGGACGGCUCGUGGUGGGAGUUCACAAUCACUUCUCAUAACGGCUCGAUUAAGGAUGAGACAUUCUAUCCCCUUCAUCCAACGAAGAUCGACUUCUUUCUGCAGCUUUUCAGCGUUGCUGCGGUGAAUGGAGUUGGCCAUGGUCUGGACAAGAUGAACGUCCCAACCUUCAUUGAGUCCCUCGAGAUCUUCAACACCGACUCCGAGAUCGAUAUGGAAGUCAGUACAAGCCAGACACCUCGGGGGCUUAUUUGUGGAGGAGGCCACGGUGUAACCUCCGACGGCGGGCUAGUCCUCUCUCUCAAGGGGGUGAAGCUGAGCCCGUUAGAAAAUGACGCCAGCGAAGGAGAUCCUGAUCCGCACGCAGCCGCGCGAAUCUUCUGGCAGCCUGAUGUCGACUUCUUGAGAAUAUCAGAUCUUAUAGAGGUCCACCCCAACCAGGGAAACCUCGCGGGAACACAACAGCUCGCCCUGAACUACAUUGAGGGAGCGCUGAGCCGGCUCGGGGACGUUCAAACGACGAUCCCGCAUCUGGCAAGGUUUUACAGUUGGAUGAAGAAGCAACCACCACCUCAGACAUCAAUCGACAUGGAAGUCUUCAAGCCUACCGUGUCUGAAUUUGGGCCAUUUGGAUCAUUUGUGGUGGCAAUGCAGAAGGUUUUCGACAAUAUCGUCGCCAUUUUUCGAGGAGAGACCGAGCCAUUGGAAAUUCUGAUGCCUGACAACGUUCUCACGAAUGUGUACAACUCCCUGAACAUCACGAAUAGAGUGCCGCUGUUUCAGGCUCUGGGCCAUUCGAAACCGAAUCUUCGUGUCCUUGAAAUCGGUGCAGGCACCGGCGGCACAACGAACAAGGUGUUGGAAUGGUUGCGCGGUCCGACUGGCGCUUUGCUAUACUCGGAGUACACCUACACGGACAUCUCGGCAGGAUUCUUCUCCGCGGCCCAGGAGCGCUUCAAGGAGUACCCCAACAUGACUUUCAAAUCCUUGGAUAUCUCCAAAGACCCCGUCGACCAGGGGUUUGAGCCAGCAUCGUACGACCUGAUUCUCGCUGCCAAUGUCCUCCAUGCAACUCCCAGCUUGAGAGAAACCCUCAUGAACGUUCGCAAGCUGUUGCAACCUGAAGGCAGGCUUUACAUGGAAGAACUAUCACAUGACGCACUUCCCAUGAAUUUCGUCAUGUCCGUUCUCCCGGGAUGGUGGUUAGGGGCAGACGACGGACGACCUGAUCAACCACAUGUCUUAUCCGAUAGAUGGGAUAUGGAGCUACGGGCUUCCGGGUUUGAUAGCUUGGAAAAUGUUGCCUUCGACUCCGAACGACCGAACAAUUUGCUUGCUUUCAUGACUGCAAGACCAGCAGCGGCUCUAACACCGCAGACUGCUGUCGGGAUCCUACACGACUCUUGUUCAGCUGUCAUUGCAGCAGAUCUGAAACGUGAGCUUGCUCGGCUGAAUCUGGAGGGAAAUCUUCACGACAUUGCGGAUGGCUUGCCUGUCGACUGCCACGAGAUCAUUGCCACUCUUGAUAUGGAGGCCCCCUUUUUCGAGAACAUCAGCGCGCCGGCACUGAGCAGCUUCCAGGACCUCAUCGCAGCCGCUUCAAAGUCCCACACUGGAAUCUUCUGGCUGACUCGAUCAUCUCAACUGAGAUGUUCAGACCCGAGGUGGGCCCAGACCAUUGGAACUACUCGCUCUAUCAGGAGUGAGCUCAGCCUCGACUUGGCAACAUGCGAGGUUGAUGGCGUAAGCUCUUUGUCGACGAUCGCAAAAGUCUUUGCCAAGUUCCAGCGGCACCGAAAUAACUCCAAAUACCAGCCCGAGUAUGAGUAUAGCAUCCACAACGAUGUUGUACAAAUUCCGAGGGUCUAUCCUAUCAACGUCAGCGAAGAGCUACAACUUAUGUCUCAGAAAAAGGGCGGCAAGGGCGACAAGGACGACGAGGGCGACAAGGACGACGAGGGCCCUGAUAAGCCUGAUAUUAAUGACCGCAGUGAUUGUGACCUGCUGAUUGCAAAGUAUGGUCGCCUGAGUACACUCUCCUGGGUUCCGCGGUACAAGAGAGAACUUGUUGACGACGAGGUCAUUAUAGACGCAAAGGCUGCUGGCAUGAACUUCAAGGAUGUCCUCAUUGCUAUGGGUAUCGUUGACUCAGCCAACAGCCGCAUGGGUCUUGAAGCAGCUGGCGUCGUCCGUGAAAUUGGGCCGAAUGUCCGCGCCCUUGCGCCUGGUGACAGAGUCUUUGUUUUUGGCGGCGGUUGCUUCUCGACUGGUAUCACGAUCUCGGAGAAACUCUGCGUGAAAAUCCCAGAUUCUCUUAGUUUUGAGGACGCAGCCACAAUGCCGUGCGUUUUCUCGACCGUCAUCCAUGGACUCCUUGAGGUCGGCCGCCUUGAAUCCGGCGAUUCAGUCCUUAUUCAUUCAACCUGCGGUGGGGUUGGCCUAGCUGCUAUGCAAAUCUGCAAGAUGGCUGGAGCAGAAAUAUUCUGCACCGUUGGUAGCGAAGAAAAGGCUAAGUAUCUUAUGUCUACAUUUGGGAUGCCCAGAGAUCACAUCUUCCAGUCACGCGACGCAUCGUUCCUUCCAGAUAUCCUCGAUGCAACCGGCGGAAGGGGAGUUGACAUAGUUCUCAACUCACUAAGCGGCGAGCUUCUACAUGCGUCUUGGAGCUGCGUCGCCGAGUUUGGCAGAAUGAUAGAAAUCGGCAAACGUGACUUCAUCGGCAACGGGAAACUUGCUUUGAAUCCAUUCGAGAUGAAUCGAAGCUAUCAUGGCGUGGAUUUGGGACAUUUGAUCGAGUUGAAGCCCGAAAAGGGCAAUAGGCUACUAAAGAAGAUUGUUGAGCUUUACGAAACAGGUCAUGUCACCGCUCUGCGUCCUAUAAAGACAUUUGACGCUGACGCUGCUGAAGAAUGCUUUCGUCAUAUGCAAAAGGGGCAGCAUAUCGGGAAGAUUGUGUUGAAAAUGGACGGAUUGUCCGCAAUCCAGACCGCGGGUUGUAGCCCUUCGUUCCAAUCGAGCUUUGAUGGCGACUCAGCUUAUCUCAUCGUGGGAGGUCUUGGCGGUCUCGGUCGACUCGUAUCAAAUUGGAUGGUCGAGCACGGUGCCAGGCACUUUGUCUAUCUUUCUCGGCAAGGUGGCGACACGGAGGAGAACCAAAACUUCUUCAAAGAGCUGGAAGAUCAAGGCUGCGUGAUAUCAGCAGUGAAGGGCAGCAUCACAAGCCUUGCUGAUGUCGAAAAAGCCAUCGUGACUUCCCAGAAGCCGACUAGAGGUGUCAUCAACAUGUCCAUGACCUUGCGAGACCAGGGCUUCACCAAGAUGACUCACGAGGAGUGGACCACCGCAGUUGACCCCAAGGUUCUGGGAACAUGGAAUCUGCACAAUGCCUGUGUCAGUUGUGGACUUGAACUGGACUUCUUUCUCCUCUUCAGCUCGAUUUCUGGCAUUGUUGGACAGAAGGGCCAAGCCAAUUACGCAGGGGCCAAUACCUUUCUCGAUGCUUUUGUUCAGUACAGACACAGCCUUGGCAUGGCUGCUGCUUCUAUUGACGUUGGCGCAAUGAUAGAUUACGGGUACCUCGCAGAGAACCCUGUGACGAUGGAGAAGCUCACCGCCCAAGGCAUGUAUGGGGUGAAGAUUCCACAGCUGCUUGACGCAGUUUCAGUCCUGGUCAAUCAGCCGAUCCCUCAACUCAGCAAGAUCCCUACAAGGACCUUCUUCAACCCAUCGCAGCUUAUACUAGGCCAUCGAAGCCUCACCUCUCUUUUGGAUCCAUCGAACAGAGUGAUCUGGAAGGAAGAUAGCCGCAUGACUGUUUACUACAACUCCGAUGGUGCGAGGAGGGUAACAGAAGUCAACACGGUCAAUUCCAGUGCCCUCCAGAAGUUUCUCACUUCCACGUUGACAGAUCCCCUACUUCUUUCAUCCCCUGAAGCCCCUGUCUUCUUGGCGAGACAAAUCGGCGGACAGCUUUUCCGACUUCUACUGAAGCCUGCAGAGAACGACGACGAAAUUGAUGCGAAAAUGUCUCUUCAAGAUGCUGGAUUAGAUAGUCUCGUUGCGGUGGAGAUGCGCAGCUGGUGGAAGGGAGUAUUCGGAUUUGAUAUUAGUGUGCUUGAAAUUCUUGGCAUGGGAAGUUUGCUAGCCUUGGGUGAGAGAGCAGCCAAGGGUCUCAAGGAGAGUCAGAUUGAUGCAAGUCAGGAGACUGAGAGUGGGGAGAAGCAUAGCACUGAAGAUUACUUGAGGCUCAAGAUGCCUUAA